AUGUCUUCGCUUCUUCAACUCCGUGCCAUCGUGGAGUUUAUGCUUCAGCUUGACAAGAUGGAGGGCGCAUCCAAGAACAAACCAGCAAUCAUCCCUGUGAAUCUCCCGGAGUUCCAAUUCCCUCAGGCAGCUUACUAUGAGAAUCAGCUGCCAGCUGUCUGGGGCGACAAGGACUUGGAGAUGGCAGCGGAGAAGAUCAAAAGUUUCUUCAGGUUCAUCACCAUCAACUUACCCAUUCAUGCCUCUGACCUUCUCAUCGAGACGCAGUGCCACGAGGUCCUCAAGCGCAUUCCUGGAGAUGGCUAUGCAAUGUCCCGGGAGCCAUCACUACAGGACUUAGCAGGCGUCAUCGCCUCGAAGCGCAGUUGGCUUUACGCAAAGAGCGCUGACGAACGAAAGGAGGAUGCAUGUGGGCUCGAUAUGCCACGUCCAGAGGACGUGAUGAUGGAGUUGACUCCCCUCAAUGAGUACAACAGUGAAGACACCAAAGUGCGGCUGUGA